AUGACCAACCAGACAACUGCAAUGCUCAACGCCGGAGCAUUCCCUCACAUCCUGGACAACAUCCUCUCCAGCGUGCCCCUCGCCGACCUCGUGCGCUUGCGAGGCGUCUCCCGCUAUGUACGCGACCAUAUCGACGCCAAGCUCCUCAAGUGCUACCAUGUCAAGUUGGUGGAUCACAGCACAGAGUGCCAAAACAACUGCGCGCCGCCAUGCGGCGUCGUCCGCUUCAUGCGCGACGAGCGCACGGACCCCGACGACGUCUGCGUGCAGGACCUGCCGGUCCCUGGAACGCUGGUCAAGGUGGUGGACUACACGGGUGAAGGCACAAACCACCUCGAGGCGGUGCUUGAACAUAUUGGGACCGCCCAGACACUCCAGCGCACCACGACGUCGGCACUCCUCGGUCCCUUUCCCGCUCAACUCCACCGCGGAAUUACUACCCUGGUCGACUACCUGCGCCUGGCAAGCCUUCCCAUGGCCACUAUUCCUGUCGCCCAUCCCGAGACCGGGGAGGACGAGUACUACCACCAGGUCACGGUGCCCCCCUCUAUCCGACGCUACAUCCUUCACUUCAUCUUCAACCAAGUUCACUGCGAGUUCGACAGCUUUGGUCUGGGGGACGAUCUUCGGUUUACGGUUCCCGCAGGCACAUUGGAAGAGUUUGUGCUCGUUCUCUGGCCACUCUUUUUCACCCCGCCAACGGGAGGAAGGCUCUGGUUCCAGGCCUUUCAGAGCGUUCCACCCGCCCUCGCCCGUUCCCUCACUGCGGCUGCGGUGGCCGCUGCGGGCGGCGCGAUGACCACGAUUGUCGGAGCGGACCGUGUCUCGCCGCUCAUCUUCGGCCGCACGCGCGGGUGCAACAGCCCUCGAUACGUUAUCGAGCAGAUCCGGAAGCACAUUCGCCUCGUCUUGGCCGCCAGGUUCCCAGGAGACGAGCAGAAGGUCCAGGAAGCCCUCGCGCGCGUCCGAUUCGUCACCCUCCAGGAGUGGUGGCACGAGCUUGGUCCCAUUCACAGGGGUUACGCCGGGGGGGCCGGUGUCCCCUCAACGACCAAAGGACGAAAAAGACAAGUUGCGCUUGCUUGCAAAGACGUACGUGUCCAGUCUGUAUCGUGCUGA